AUGCCUGCCCCAAAAGCAAGGGUCAUUGUCGUCGCCUUGGACCAUACCCCAACAUCAGCCCACGCCUUAACAUAUCUUUUAGACAAUGUAGUCAGAUUGGGUGAUCGUCUUGUGCUUGUGAGCGUCGGAGUGACAGAAGGUCCAGAAUGGGCAGAUGUUGUGGACGCUGCAGCUGGUGUUCCCGACCCCAACCUAAAGGAGGCUGAAGCCCAGGCUGCUGCCUUGCUUCAUGAUGCAGAAAAACUCGUAAAGGAUCGCUUUGCGGGCAAUGAGAUCACAGUUCUUCGUCGUCCGGUGACUGGAUCGAGCGUUCACAACAUGAUUGUGGAGGUAUGCGACGAAGUGAAUGCAAAUUUGUUAGUAAUGGGAAGCAGAAAUCGUCCUGGUUUCAAGAGAAUAAUUCUCGGUUCGGUUAGUGAUGAGUGUGCACACAGAGCAAAAUGCGCUGUUCUUAUUGUAAAAGACGAUCGUCCUGAAGAAGAGGGCAAUAGCAGAUGGCCAGUAUGGGCUCGACUGUAG